CCUGCGUGAGUUCUGUUCUGUGACUCGAAAGAAAUGUCAAAAAUCAUAACAAAAUAUUUAUUAGUAUUUUUCGCGUGUUACAUUGUUUUAUUUUACGUAUAAUAGCGAGAUAUUAAGAUGAAUAUUCUACCCAAGAAAAGGUGGCAUGUGAGGACCAAAGAAAAUAUUGCCCGGGUCAGAAAAGAUGAAGCAGAGGCAGCCGAAAAAGAAAAACAAGAACAGCAGAGGAUACAUAAUGCAGACCGUGAAGCCCGCCUGAAUGUCCUGAAGUACAAGAGUAAACAAAAGUUAUUAGAAUCGGGUAUCUCAACAUCAGAACCAGAACAGCCACCAGAACCAAGUGGCCAUAUUAAUUUGUUUUCCAACUUUGAAAAUGCUGUUCAAACUACUAACAAGGAGCAUGAUAAGGAAGCAAAAGAACAAAAGGAGGAAUAUGAGAAAAAAAUUGGUUACUUAACUUACCUUGGACAAGAUACAAAUGAGGCUCUUAAAAAGAAAAAUUGGUAUGAAAUUCUACCAGAGUCCUCACGAUUUUUAAGGUCAAAUGAUGUUAAAGAAACUUAUGACAAAUUAGUGCUCAAAGAUGCAGAUGGAAAACCAAAGCCUAAAGAUUUAGAUAUAAAAAAUGGUGAAGUGUCCUGGAAUGCUAAGCAAAGAUUGGACCCCAUAAAUGCCUUUAAAGAAUAUUGCACAGGGAGUAAAUAUUCAAAACAUGGAGCAACAUCAUCAGUGUCUAAAACAAAAGCCAAACCGUACACAAAAGACAAGUCUAAAAAGAAAAGCAAAUCUAAUAAAAAUAGACAGGAUGAGAAACAGAUGAAACUGCAAAAACUCAGGGAGGCAAGACUGAAGCGUGAACAACAGGAAAAAAUAAAAACUGACCGGUUUCUAGCUGGACUCCAUGGAAGCACCUCUAAACAACAAGAGCCAUCCACUGCUGUUCCUAAAGUCAAACCCAAGUAUAACUCACAAUUCAAUCCAGAACUUGCAAGGCAAAACUAUAUGUAGCAUGUUACAUGCAAUAAAAAUAUUUAUUUCUAUAAUAACAUUUUGUAAGGAUAAAAAAUUCUUAUUAUAUCUAUUUAAUUAACAAUAUUUGUAAAUACAUAAAUUAUAAUCUCAA